AUAUGUUUAUUUCAUACAGAUUCAAAAGAGUAAACAUGGUAAAUGGAGAUGCAUUUUAAUAUGAUAAGAUCGCAAAUAAUCAAAUAUCUGAUUAUCUUUUGUCCAAGGAAUACAAAAAAAAGUAUAAAAUUUAUUGACAGACAUCAGAAGUUUCGUUUUGUUUCAAUAAAUCAUUUAUGUGUUUGCAAUUAUUUAUAUUUUUUGAUAGGAACUUAAAUUUUAUGAAAAUCGUCAAAAAUACCCUCGUUGUGCUUUCUCUACUUAAUAUAGUGCUGUUUUUUUCAACAAUUGAAGUGAUGUCUUAUUAACAAAACAGUUCUAAAUGUAUUGUAUGUUUCAGGAAGAUGUUAUGUUACAUAGGUAUAUGCUUUUUUGUCUCGGUUUUAUUAACCACUGUAAACGGAGUUAUGGAUGUCGAAGCACGGAUAACAUCUGUGGACAGAGUAAGCGCCUUGGCUGCCCAACGAACCAUAACAAAAGUGUUGUGGGUCAACAAUGGAGGGCCAUGGGGAACAUGGAGUCGUCCUGAAUUUUGUGCAAAGGGUUAUUUUGCAAGUGGAUUCUCUUUGAAGAUUGAAGGAAGACAAGGAAAAGGAGACGAUACUGCACUAAAUGCUAUACGCUUAAAAUGUCGAAAGGGAAAUAACUCUCCUAAUACUGGUGGAACUAUUUGGGCCCAUGAAGGACGAUGGGGUCAAUGGUCCAGAACAAUGAAUUGUCCCUCUGGUAAACGUUUUGUUGGAUUUCGUUUACAGGUUGAAGCUAGACAGGGGAAAGGAGAUGAUACAGCGGCAAACUAUUUUAGGUUUAGGUGCAGAAGGUUUAAUGGUGGAGCAACACAUAGAAUAGGAACGAAAGGAUUGUGGGGAAAAUUUGGAGCAUGGAGUCAAACAUGUCCUCGUGGGUCUGCAGUAUGUGGAUUAAAAGUCAAAAUUGAACGACCCCAAGGGAAAGGCGACGACACAGCACUGAAUAACGCAAAAUUUUAUUGUUGUACAUAAUAAAUAAAUAAUUUCACUUUCUG